AUGCCAACCUCAAUCAGGAUUACUUCACGUCGCUUCUUACACGUUCCCUACAAUGUUGAUGUGAAGGAAAAACAUCUAGUGCUGAUGCAAGAUGCACAGGGACGUGAGAUAAACCAGACAAAGUGGACGCGGAGCAUCGGAGAGCGUAGACCCGCUCAUACUUGGAGCAGUAAACCAAGCAGCGAGAGAAGGACCAUCCGGGUGGAAAGCAAGCACAGAAAAGAAGAUAGGCUUGUUGAAUUUCCACAAAUCCAUCAUAGAACGAACUUUGGCCGGCGAAAAACUGGGAGAGUCGAUACGCGAGUGGAAACUGCGAUCAGAAUAAAAGCGGAUCGACCGCAUAUCAUGAUACACGAUAAGAAACGACGUGAAGUAACCCCGAUUGAGGUUGGCACCACUAGUCAGGAUAGUCGAGAUCGAGAAGAAAAGAAGAUAUGA